AUGUCUGAGAAGCUCCAAGUCGCCGUCGCGGGUAUUGGUCGCAUGGGAAUGCGCCAUGCUCGCCACUUCGCCAAUUUCACUCCUCGUGCCGAGCUGAUUGCCGUCUGCUCGCCUGUCCAAGCUGAGCUGGAUGCCGCAAAGGCAGAAUUUGGAAAUAUUCGCCUCUACAAGGACUAUGAGCAGAUGCUGGAGCAGGAGAAGACUCUCCAGGCCGUUGUCGUUGCCAGCGCUACCACUGUCCACGCGGAGCAGGCCAUCAAAGCUAUUGAGCGUGGUUUCCAUGUCCUUUGCGAGAAGCCCAUCAGUACCAGCCCUGAGAUCUCCCAAUCGGUCGUCGACGCCUAUAACACCUCCAUCAAGAAAUUCCCCAACCAAAAGGUCAUCUGUGGCUUCUCGCGUCGUUUCGACGCUUCAUACCGCGAUGCCUACCGACGCACAGCCAACGGCGAUAUCGGUACACCAUCUGUCUUCCGCUCUCAGACCUGCGAUAAGCUCGAUCCAAGUGGCUUCUUCGUCGCGUACGCCGAGUUCUCCGGCGGUAUCUUUGUGGACUGCUCUAUUCACGACAUCGACUUAGCACUUUGGUUCUUCGGCGAAGACAGCAAGGUCAAGAGCGUGACUGCUAUCGGUAUCACUGCCGUGCAACCCGACCUCCGCAAGCACAAUGACCGAGACAAUGCCCUGGGAAUUAUCGAGUUCUACGGUGGCAAGAUCGCUCAGCUCUACUGCUCUCGCAUGAUGGCCGCCGGCCAAGAAGACUGCACCGAGAUCUUCGGCACAAACGGCAAGGUCGCCGUCAACACCCAGCCUCAACUUAACCUGGUUAACAUUUACGAGCCUACCGGUAUCCGCCGCGAGAUUCCCCCUGACUAUUACGGACGUUUCCGUGAGGCUUUCAUCACCGAGGCAAACGAGUUUACUGCCUCUUGCCUUGACAACACUGCUCCUCCUCUCAGACUCGACUCUGCCGUGCGCGCUGUCACUAUUGGAUGUGCUCUCCAGGAGUCUCUGAUCUCUGGAAAGAAGAUUGAGUUUGAGGAAAAACGGAAAGCGGGUUGA